AUGGGGAGCCUCGGUGCCUCGACUUUGCAGCCUUCACCGCAUCGAUCGCUAGGACCUAAUCGUGUUCACCAACCUCUCCACCGCCUCUUCGGUAUGCUGGCUUCGGCGUCGGGGGAGCCCUUCCUACGCCGCCGCCGCCGCCAGCAGGAGAUCGAGGCCGACCUCCGCCGCCUCCGCCGCUUCCGCUCCGCCAACCUCAUCCUCGCCUACUCCCCUUCCCCUUCCCCUUCCCCUUCCCCGCCCUCCCCCGUCUCCAAAUCCCGCGGCUCCCCUUCCUCCCCCUCCCCCUCUUCCAUCCCCGGCCGCGCCUCCAAGUACUCCAAACCCCCUCCCCCAAACCCUAACCCUAACCCUAACCCUAACCGUAACUCUGGCCCCUCCUCGCACCCCGCCUUCCGCCCCAUCUCCAAGCCUCGCUCCCCUGCUCGCGUCGAAACCGGAGAAUUCUCCAUCUCCGAGAAGGGGAUAACCUACAAGAUCAAGGACGCGCCCUUUGAAUUCCAGUAUAGCUACACCGAGACCCCCAAGGUGAAGCCGCUGGCACUGCGCGAGCCGCAGUUCCUGCCGUUCGGACCCACCACGAUGCCCCGGCCGUGGACCGGCCGUGCCCCGCUGCCGCCCAGCAAGAAGAAGCUUCCGGAGUUUGACUCGUUCCGGCUGCCCCCUCCUGGGAAGAAGGGGGUGAAGCCGGUGCAGGCGCCUGGGCCGUUCAUUGCGGGGUCAGGGCCCAGGUACCAUGCGGGAUCAAGGGAGGAGAUAUUGGGGGAGCCGUUGACGGCAGAGGAGGUCGCAAACUUGGUGAAGGGGUGCCUGAAGAUGAGGAGACAGCUGAAUAUGGGUAGAGAUGGUUUAACGCACAAUAUGUUGGACAAUAUUCAUGCACAUUGGAAAAGGAGGAGGGUGUGCAAGAUAAAAUGUAAAGGCGUGUGCACAGUUGAUAUGGAUAAUGUUUGUCAACAGUUAGAGGAAAAAACGGGAGGAAAGAUAAUAUACCGCAAAGGCGGAGUUAUCUACUUAUUUCGUGGCAGAAACUACAAUUACAGAACUCGUCCCAGAUUUCCUCUUAUGCUCUGGAAGCCUGUAACACCAGUGUAUCCACGGUUGGUUCAGCGAGUACCAGAAGGGUUGACUUUAGAAGAAGCCACUGAAAUGCGCAAGAGAGGGCGUCAAUUAACCCCAAUAUGCAAACUAGGCAAAAAUGGCGUAUACAUUAACCUUGUUCAGCAAGUUCGAGAGGCAUUCGAAGCAUGCGAACUGGUUCGCAUUAACUGCAAAGACAUGGAUAGAAGUGAUUGCAGGAAGAUUGGUGCCAAGCUAAAGGAUUUGGUUCCCUGUGUUUUAAUCUCAUUUGAGCGUGAACAUAUACUCAUGUGGAGAGGGAAAGAUUGGAAAUCAUGUUUUUCACCAUUAGAAGACAAUUUCUCUGAAGCUAAUCAAGCAACCACAUUGAAUAUAAAUGACUCAUCAUUAAACGACUUGCUGGAUUCUAAUGUUGGAAAAAGCUUAGAUGACGAAAUCACUACCGAAAUGCCUAAUGAGAACAUGAGCCUAAAUGAAUUCGAGUGUCACUUGAAGCUGGGGAAUGUGAGUGAGAUGUCAACAGCUUUAGUUGAGCCGAAAUCUUCAAUCACUGCUCACCAAGAAUCAUCUGCUGUAGUUGUGGGGGAUAACGUGAAAGGUUCAUCUCUCCAAAUACCUCAAAAUCUCUCUUUAAAUGGACAUCUAAAUAUACAAGAAUCAAGUGAGAACUUUUCUUAUCAAGGAGGAGAUGAACCAUUGGCUACUACUUUUUGUAAUGACACAGUUGAUAUUCUAGACACUAUUAUCGAGGAGUUGGAAGUAAAAGAAAGAGACGGUAUAGUAAUCCAGGAUUUAAAAGAACCAAGUGAGAAUCUUUCUUAUCGAGGUGGAGAUGAACCAUCAGUUUCUUUUAGUAAUAACCCAGUCGAGAUGCCAGACACUAUUUAUGGAAGCUUUGAGGAGUUGGAAGUAGAAGAAAGAAAGAGAAUAGAAAUCCUGGAUUUAGAAGAACCAUGUGAGAAUCUUUCUUAUCAAGCAGGAGAUGAACCACCAACAAGUGAUUUUAGUAACAAUGAUGCACUUGAUAUUCUAGACACUAUAAAUGGAAGCAUUGAGCCUCUGGGAUUAAAAGAAACAGAGAGAAAAGAAAUCCGGGAUUUAGAAGAACCAAGUAAGGAUCUUCCUAAUCGAGGGGACGAACCAUUAACAACUUCUUAUAGUAAUGACCCACAUGAUAUACCAGACACUAUUAGAAACGUCGAGGAGUCGGAAUUUAAAGAUACAGAGAAAGUAGGAAUCAACGAUUUCGAAGAACCAAAUGAGGAUCUUUCUCAUCUAGCAGCAGAUGAGCUAUUGGCAACUUCUUUCAGUGAAGAGUCAGCCAAUAUGCUUGAAACAAAAACUAUUAAUGGAAGUAGCGAGGAGUUAGAAGUUAAAGAAAGAGAAAGAAUAGAAAUCCAGAAUGAAGCAAAGUCUGAUGGAGAAUUUUUGAAGGGGGUAAAAGAUCUUUUGAGGCAGGCUGUAGAGAGUGGCAGUGCUGUAAUUCUGGACAACGAGUCUUUAGAUGCUGAUUUUGCUUUCCAACAGUCAGUUGCCCUUGCCAAGAGAGCACCACGUGGGCCAGUUUUCCGGUGUAGGGUUAGGAAAGUUGCCUUUAAGAGGAAUGAGAAAGAGAGUGGCGAGCAACUCAAUGAGCAACAAGAUGUAGAGGUUAGGGUUUCUACCAUCACUGAGAGGAAAGUUAGUAGGCAUAAAAAGAAUGCGAGGAAAGGGUAUGAUCUUCCAGAUGUUAUCCCUGGUGCGGUUUCUAAGGGGAGCUUGAGAGUGGAUGAACUUGCAAAGCUAUUAGGUUGAAUUCUAUGUGGUAAAAUUUCCCGUUUGUUCGGAUGAAGCCUUAUAUAUAUUCAUUCUUGGCUACGCGCUCCACAAAUGGAUUCUUCAUUCUAAUGAUGCAGCUAAACUGUAAAAGCGCUUUGGAGAGUUCCAGCUGUAAUGGAUGGAAAGACGCGCAUGAAAGUUGGUAGGUCGAAGGAUGCUUCGAAACGCCAAAUGCUUUAUUUUAACCUACUUGUGGUUUUAUGGGACCAUUAGAAGGGCAAAAAGUGGAAAACAGAUUAUCACAAUACAAUGAAGCUAUUGACUUUCGAGGCAAGUUUUCUACGGUUUAGAGGCAUUCAUUUUUAGCGUGCAAAUGUGAGAUGAAAGUGUAUAAAUUCUUCGAAACACACUGCCUGUUUUUGACCUUUCUGUGACAGGUUCAGGUUCUUCUUGCAGGCGAAUUAACUGUACAUUGUUAACUAUGUAAGGAAAAAGUAUUGUUUAUGUGAUAUCUGUGUUUUGAAGUUGUA